UUUUCUCGCCUCCAUUUACAAGUUCUUCCGAACAGGUUUGCGACUAUUACAACUCAAAAUGUGUGAUGUGGUUAUUGUAUCUGCUGUCCGUACUCCUAUUGGAUGUUUAAAUGGGACUUUGUCCAGUUUCUCAGCUCAUGAACUUGGCACCAUAUGCAUCAAAGAAUCCCUGAACAGAGCAUCUGUUAAACCAGAAGAGGUGUCGGAGGUUAUUCUAGGGCAGGUCCUCACAGCAGCACAAGGUCAGAAUCCAGCUCGUCAGGCGAGUGUUAAUGCAGGUAUUCCGUACUCGGUGCCGUCAUGUGGAAUCAACAUGUUGUGUGGGUCUGGUCUCCGGGCCAUUGUUCUGGGAUCACAAGCCAUCAAGACGGGAGACUCCAGCAUCAUAGUGGCUGGAGGCCAAGAAAGUAUGAGCAAAGCCCCACAUUGUAUACACAUUAGAACAGGGACCAAAUUUGGAGACUCUGCCUUGGUGGACUCGAUGAUGAAAGAUGGACUUAUAGAUGCUUUCCACAGCUACCACAUGGGAAUUACUGCUGAGAAUGUGGCCAAGAAGUGGGACAUCAGUCGUAAGAUGCAGGACGAGUUCGCUCUACUGUCUCAGCACAAGUGUGAGGCGGCCCAGAAGGCAGGACACUUCAGUAAGGAGAUAAUACCCGUCACAAUCAAGUCAAAAACAGGGUCAGAACAGAUUGAUAAGGAUGAGUUUCCCAGGGCUGGUUGUACUCUGCAGGGAUUUGAGAAGCUGAGACCAUGUUUCAUCAAAAACGAGACUGGGACAGUCACUGCUGGAAACACUUCAGGAAUUAAUGAUGGUGCUGCAACCUGUGUUUUAAUGAGUUCCGAAGAAGCAAAGAAAAGAAACUUAAAACCAUUAGCAAGAGUAGUUGCCUGGGGUCAGGCUGGCGUCGACCCUGCUGUUAUGGGAACGGGUCCGAUUCCAGCCAUACGUAAAGCUUUAAAUAACGCAGGCUGGUCUGUGGGUGAUGUGGAUUUAUUUGAGCUGAAUGAAGCUUUUGCAGCCCAGUCGGCAGCCGUAAUCAAAGAUCUGGGACUCAAUCCAGAAAAGGUCAAUGUAAAUGGAGGAGCAAUCGCUUUAGGUCAUCCCAUUGGAGCAUCAGGAGCCCGCAUCUUUGUCACUCUACUGCAUGCACUGGAGAGAACUGGAGGGGAAAAGGGAGUUGCUGCCCUUUGCGUUGGUGGUGGAAUGGGAAUUGCAGUGUGUGUACAAAGGGAUUAAUUGCUGCUUCUUUUUUUUCUUUUUUAGCAAAAACAUAAAAGAACAAACCCAUCAAAACCAUCUUUAGUGUACCAUUGUAUCAUUGCUUGAUUAUGAAUUGUAAUGGUUGUAAUUUUUGUGUAUGAAUUCCAUUGGAUGUUGGUCUUUAAUGCUUUGUGUUGAAUUGCGAUGGUUGUAAUUUCUAUAUUUGAAUUCCAUUGGAUGUUGAUCUUCAGAAGAAUUGUGGGGUUUUUUUUCCUUCUAGUACCAAUUGGUCUCCCUUUUGGUUUUGAUAAACUAUUUAGGAGCUCUUCAGUUGUCUUAAUAUGCUAGUAACGUGGUUAAUUCCGAUAGACAGCAUUUUAUCAAAUAAUCAUGAACAAAAAUAAUUUAAAAUUAUUUAUUUAAUCAUUUACUUUUAAUAUCAGUAUUAAAAUUUUGCAUAUAUUUUUCGAUAAUAUAAUUCCAAACUUUAAAAUAGUUUUUUCCCCUUUUUUAACAUUUAAUAUAUUGACCAUCACGUCAUUUUGAAUGUACAGUACUAUUUCACCAUUUUUAUAGGAGAACAAUUAAAUCUUUAUUACAAAA